AUGGCUCUCCAAGCCCCAGGCUCUGAGCCUACUUCCACUCAGGGAGACCUUCCGAAAACACCUCCCAGCAAAAAGCCAUCGAAGUAUGUGUUUGACUCCAACGGCGAUACUCAGAUCAUUCUUAGAACAUACAUGGUUGAGACCUUUAAAUGGGAGGCAGAUAAACUUUGGAUAGAGCCAAAAAAGCCCUCUAAGGAAUGUUGCCCGCCGACUACGCCACCACCAGCGCCGGAGGAGUCUCCCAUUACAACCUCGACCUCGCUAGAAGGCAGCACAAACAAAACUACCAUAGACUGGGCCAAGGCCGAUUUCUCAGACUUCAGUAACGUACAAUAUGCUCCUCCAGAAUUUUCAGAUUGCGACGAUACGGAUCCGGGUUGUACUGAGCCUGGAACGAAACAAGACAGCACGAGCAUUCAAACAAAAGAUUGGAACUAUGGAGAAGCAUGCGCACGACCUCUUAAGAAGAAAAAGUUUCGAAUGCUGGUCUCAGGAAAACAUUUGGAGCUAGCUUCCCCUAUCUUCAAAACAAUGGUUGCUGGGCCUUUCGCAGAGGGAAAGGUCGAUUCAUCAGGGAUUCGCCUGAUAACAGCCAGCGACUGGGAUCCGGAAGCUUUCAAGAUCGUCUUGACUAUCAUGCAUGGAUAUAAUCGAGAUGUCCCAAGAUCGCUCAGUCUUGAAAAGCUGGUCAAGGUGGCUAUAAUUGUAAACUAUUACGAUUGUCUUGAAAGCGUCGAGAUAUACGCGGGAAUCUGGCUGGAAGCCUUAAGGUCAGAGUUACCGAAGGUAUAUGGGCGAGACUGUAUUCUAUACCUGUUCAUAUCCUGGGUUUUCUCAGAACCAAAUGCCUUCCGAAAUAUGACCCAGCUGGCAUUGAGGCACAGUCAGAGGCUUAUCAACGCCGAGGACUUCCCAAUUCCAGCCAAAAUACUCGAGGCGAUCGAUAUAGCACGUCAAAGCGCUCUCGCUGAAACCUUCUCAGCAAUCUACAAGCUCUUUGAUCGUCUACAAGAAGGACAAGAGUGUUCCUUUGAGUGCUCAUCCAUCCUCCUGGGUGUCUUAACUAAAGAACUGAGCAAAUAUCGAAUUCUGCACCCGCGAAGCGCCCCACCGUUCGAUGGUUUCAGUAUCGAAGGUUUUAAGAAGAUGAUCAACGGUUUAAAAAAGCCUGAGUGGUACGGCACCCAGGGUCGCAACCCUUACGGCCGUUACAACGAUUGCAACCAUAAUAGACAUCAAUGUUCUAUUCAGGGCAAGCUGUCCACAUCUCUGGCCAAGGUUGAAAGCGAUUUGCGGGUCUUUGACCUGCAGGACUUUCAGGCUACGAAGAACCCCACACGUGGCUGA